CUCUCUCUCUCUCUCUCUCUCUCUCCCCCGUAAAUUAGAAGCCCGAACAAAAUUAUGGGCCGUUCAUAUAUAUGUUUAUAAAAUUCAAAAAUAUGCAUGGCAAUGGAAUUGAACUCAUCACUCUACCAAUAUGCUAGUACGGACUAUUGUAAAUUGAAGGCCGAUAAAUACUUAUUAUUUUUGGGGGCCGUAAGCUCAAGCUUCUAAAGCUUGUUAUCAGGGCCCGCAGUGUGAACCAUAUCCCACAGAACAAAAAAUCUCCUUAAAAUUUGCUUUCUUUUAAGUAGACUUCCCGCCUGAGAGCGACAGAUUUGUCAAUGUGUUUGUCGGAAGAUCUGAAGGUCGAUCACGGGGGAGAUCCGGCGUCCGCACCAGAGGAUGUUGUUUCACAGCUUCGCGAUAGUACCGGCGAAUCUGUAGCUGCAGUUGAGAACGCACUGCUUGACUUGGAAGCUGGUCGGAACUCAUGGAGAGUGAGUAAAUUUUCUUCUUUACACGAGAAUGAAUCCAUCCAUGGCUCAAAUCUUGAUCGGUUUCAGGGUACGUUGAAGAACGAAUUCGAGGCAUCCCGUUUAGUGCAUCAUCGCCCAGAAUCACAACCAGCAACCGUUCGUGCAACCUUAACGUCUGGCGGGUUUGGGAUUAAACUGGACAAACUCCUCCAAGCGGUCGGAGCACGUGACCUUCAAGCUCUCAAUCACUAUAACGGGGUUGAAGGGUUAUCAACUCUGCUGAAGACUGACCUUGAAAGAGGCAUAGACGAUGAGAUACAGCAACGUACGCAGGCAUUUGGGUCAAACACAUACCCUUCCAAAAAGGGGCACACUUUCUGGAGCUUCAUCUGGAAAGCUACCCAGUUUCCCCCUUAUAUGGCUAUACUGCUUGCUACUGUUUUAAAUUUGCUGCUACGAAUAAAAGGAAAGGCUAUCCACGGUAGUUGGUAUGUAGAAGCUUGUACCAUUUUGGCCAUUGUCCCUUACAUCAUUGUCACAGCUAGCACUGAGUACAUGCAGUCUCGUCAGUCUGAGAAAAUUAGUGAGGAGAUCAGAAACGUAGCCCUAGAUGUUAUUAGAGGUGGCAGAAGAUUCACGGUUUCUUCUUCUGAUAUUGUCGUCGGCGAUAUUGUACCCCUCAAGAAUGGUUUUCAGGUACCUGCAGAUGGUAUCCUGUUUGUUGCAAACUCAUUGAAGAUUGACGAGCAAGAAUUAACUGGCUCACACUUGAUUGUUCAAAAAGAUAUUCUAAAGGAUCCAUUUCUGUUAUCUGGUUCAAAAGUGAUAGAGGGCAUAGGUACAAUGCUGGUUACGAGUGUUGGAAUAAACACUGAAUGGGGGAAAAAGAUGGAGAAACAACAUGAGACUGAUGAAGAAAAGCCCUUUCAGGUAUACCUGAAAUGGCUUGCUAUUUCUGCUAGCUUGUUAGUCAUUUUGCUCGCUUCAGUUGCCUGUAUUGUUCAGUUAUGCCGAUACUUUUUUGGUCGGACCAAAAAGUCAGAUGGAACUCCAUUAUAUAUGCCUGGUAAUACCAGUUUCGAUGAAGCAAUGGACUUUGUGAUCAAAUCCCUGAGUUUUGGGAUCGCGACAAUACUAGUGACAGUGCCUGUUGGACUUUAUGUCGCUGUUCUUUUGAAUCUUGCAUAUACUACGGGGGAAAUGAUUACAGACAAGGCUUUGGUUCAAAAUCUCUAUGCAUGUGAAAGAAUGGGAUAUGUUACAACUAUAUUGUGUCAUAAAACUGGAAUCUUAACUAAGAAUAAGAUGUUGGUGGUUGAUGUCUGGGCUGGAGGGAUAAGAAUGCAAGAUAUGGGUGAUGUUUCACAGCUGCCGUCGAUUCUCAAAGAACUAAUAAUAGAAGGCAUCGCCCGGAACACAAAUGGCAGUGUUGUUUUUGAAACGGGAGUCACUGAACCAGAGGUGUAUGGAUCACCAACAGAACAAGCCAUUCUUAGCUGGGGGAAUAAGUUGGGAAUGAAGUUUGAUGAGGCUAGGUCAGGAUCACCAGUCCUUCAUGUUAUACCUUUCAAUCCAAAAAAGAAAUAUGGAGGCGUGGCAUUACAGAUUGGUACAAGAAACCACGUUCAUUGGAAAGGGUCUGCAAAAGUUAUUCUUAAUUCAUGCAAAUGGUAUAUGGACAAGGACAACAAACGCAUAGCUAUUGAUGAACAGAAACAGGAGAUGGAAAGAAUAAUAAAAGACAUGAGUAUGAGAGGAAUGCGUUGUGCUGCACUUGCUUAUCAAUCCUAUGAGCUGGGGACUCUUCCAACGACUGAUGAGGAACUUUCUACACUACCUCAAGACCUUGUUUUGUUGGCUAUUAUUGGUAUACAGGAUCCUUGCCGGCCAGACACAAAGAAUGCGGUCAAGUUGUGCAAUUCGGGAGGUGUCAAGGUUCGCAUGGUGACUGAGGAUGAUGUUUCGACUGCUCAAGCAAUAGCAACUGAUUGUGGGAUACUGGAGAAUUCAGAUGACCCUGAUGUUAUAACGACAGGAGCUCAAUUUCGUGUUCUUUACGAUCUAGACAGAGAGGAGAAGGCCCCAAAGAUCUUAGUUUUGGCUCAAGCCUCUCCUAAGGACAGUCUUUUGUUUGUCGAAGCGCUGAGGAGAAGUGGGCAUGUAGUUGCAGCCACUGGGAUGGGAAUACAUGAUACAAUGACACUACGCGCGGCGCAUGUUAGCCUUGCAAUGGGAAUUGGAGGGACAGCAGUAGCAAAAGAGAAUUCUGAUAUUAUUAUAUUGGAUGACAAUUUUGAUACGAUUGUCAAGGUUAUCCGAUGGUGUCGAUAUCUAUACACUAAUAUCCAGAGAUAUGUCAUAUUCAGGGUCACUGUGAGUGUCUUAGCCGUGGCUAUAUGUGUGAUCGAGGUUGUAUUUUAUGAUGCAUUUCCACUUAAUGCCGUGCAGCUUUUGUUGCUUAAUCUUAUUGCUGACAUCUUUGGAGCACUAGCGUUGGCUUACGGACCGUCAGCUCGCAAGCUAAUGGGAAAGCCACCAGUUGGUGAAAGCGACCCUCUCAUUACCAAGACGAUGUGGUUCAAGAUGGUGAUACAGGUGAUUUACCUAGUGCAGCUGGCGCUCAUACAUUCUGAUAGUGUACUGAAGCUGGAUCAUGGUCAUACCGGCGAUGCUGAAAAAGUGAAGAACACAUUUAUUUUCAAUUCUUUGGUCUUCUGCCUGGUAUUCAAUGAGUUUGAAAUCAGAAGUGGAGAACAAACCUUGACAGAAGUUCUUAAAGACAACAUGUUUAUCUUUACAAUAAUGGCAACUAUCAUAGUUCAGAUAAUCUUGGUAGAGUUCUUUGGCAUAAGGCUUGAUAUGAAAAAAUGGAUCAUCUCCAUCCUUGAGGGAUUUAUCAGCCAGGUUGCCACUCGCUUCCCUUUGAAAGUUUACCCAUACCGCCGCAACUGAUGUUUUGUUCGUUUUAGUAUAUAGGCACAAUCACGUAAAAGGUGUCGAAGCUUCCCGGUAGAUUUCGACGUUCACAAGCUGUUUUGUUGUCCGUGUGAAUAACUGCGUGACAUCUGUUAUGUCGUCAUUCUUUGAC